UCCCAUAGUGUCAGUAGCAACAGCAGAAGAAAGAAGCCAACACCCUGGAGCUCCAUUCUCAGCAUGAUCCCUCAUAUGGCACUGUGCAAAUUCUUUCCUCUGGUUCUCGUCGGGGUCAUAGUUUUCACUGUCAGCGGCAUCAUUGGAGACCCUCUGUUUGAGUGCCUCCAAGACGCAGACUACAGCGACCUUCUCGAGAUCGUGGAUAAAGGUCUUCCUGCCACAAAGACACCUCGCCAUGUGGCAAUCAUUGGCGGGGGCAUCGCUGGACUGACUGCUGCCAAGUUUUUGGAGGAUGCCGGCCACAAGGUGACCAUAAUAGAGGCCAGUAACCGUAUUGGAGGACGCGUGGAGACGUUCAGGAACCAAAGAGAGGGCUGGUAUGCAGAGGUGGGGGCUAUGAGGAUCCCCAGCUUUCACAAGAUUCUGCUCUCCUUUGCGUCCAAACUGCACAUUGCACUGAACCGCUUCAUCCAAGAUGACAUCAACACCUACUACCUGCUAAACGGCAUUCUGCAGAAAAGCUACGCGGUGGAAAGCAACCCCGAUGUCCUCAACUACACAGUGACUGAGGAGGAGAGGGGGAAGUCAGCUGCUCAGCUCUUCAAUCAAGCUCUGUGGAAGGUGCGGGACUAUCUGAAGACAAAGGGCUGUAGUGCCAUGCUUGACAAAUAUGACUCCUACUCAGUGAAGGAGUAUCUGGUGAAGGAGGGUAACCUGAGUCGUGGAGCCUUGAGGAUGAUCGGGGACAUCCUGAACGAAAACAGCCUCUUUUAUACAUCACUGACAGAGAUGCUGUACAUACAGGCAGACAUCAAUGACAAAACCGAGUACUACGAGGUGACCGGCGGCUUCGACCACCUGCCGCGGGCUUUCUACCAGCUGCUCAAUGCCACCAUCCUGCUCAACUCCAAGGUCAAGGUCAUCAACCAAUCAGGCGGCAGCAAUGUGACCAUAUCAUACCAGGACUGGCGUAAUCCAGCCUCCCUGACCCACCUGACUGCAGACUACGCCCUGGUUACUGCCACUGCAAAGGCCACCCUGUUCAUCGACUUCCAGCCUCCGCUCUCCGGCAACAAGAUGGAGGCCCUGCGCUCUGUUCACUACGCCAGCUCCACCAAAGUCGUGCUCAGCUUCACCGAGCGCUUCUGGGAGAAGGAGGGCAUCAGAGGAGGCAAGAGCAUCACAGACCGGCCUUCUCGCUUCAUCUACUACCCCAGCCACGGCUUUCCGGGCACAAAAGGAGGGGCGCUGCUGGCGUCCUACACCUGCUCCGACGACUCUGCUCUCUUCCAAGGGGUGAGCGAGGACGACCUGAUGGCUCUGGUCCUGGAGGACUUGGUGAAGAUCCACGGAGAAGACAUCAAGCCGCUGUGCACAGGGGGGCUGGUGAAGAAGUGGGGUUUGGAUCCUUAUAGUCUGGGCGCCUUCGCCCUCUUCACGCCGUACCAGCUGGUGCACUAUGCCACCGAACUGUUCAGCAGUGAAGGAAGGGUGCACUUUGCAGGAGAACACACAGCCAUGCCUCAUGGGUGGAUUGAAACCUCCAUGAAAUCUGCACUCAGGGCAGCUAAAAACAUUAAUAACCUUACACUUUAGUUUUACAUGUAGCAAAUAU